GCCCCAGAGAGGGAAGUGGCUCUCUCCGGAGCAGGCUGGUCACCAAGCUGGGAGGACAAAUGUCGUCUCGCAGCUCACUCAGCUGCACUGGACCCCCAGCAGGUAACAGCGCCACCCACCCCCCUCGGGGCCACUUACUAAAACCCAGGCACAGAGCCACGGACUGACCUGGCUUUCCCGGACAGCAGGAAAGAACAUGAGCCCGCAGCUCAACAAGAACCAGAGCUGUUCCUUCAAUGAGGUGGACGAGCUGAUGAAAACCGUGCAACUGGCCGUCCACAUCCCAACGUUCCUCCUGGGUCUCCUCCUCAAUGCAUUGGCCAUCCGAGGCUUCAGCUCCUUCCUGAAGAAGAGGUGGCCGGAUUACGCCGCCACCUCCAUCUACAUGAUCAACCUGGCCAUCUUCGACCUGCUGCUGGUGCUGUCCCUUCCGUUCAAGAUGGCGCUGUCCAACGUGCGCGCCCCCCCUCCUUUCUUCUGUACCUUGGUGGAGUGCUUCUACUUCGUCAGCAUGUACGGGAGUGUCUUCACCAUCUGCUUCAUUAGUCUGGAUCGAUUCUUGGCCAUCCAGUACCCGUUCCUGGUCAGCCAUCUCCGGUCCCCGAGGAAGAUCCUGGGGAUCUGUGGCACCAUCUGGGUCCUGGUGUGGGCCGGGAGCAUCCCGAUCUACAGCUUCCAUGGGAGGGUGGAGAAGUACACGUGCUUCCACAACAUGUCCGAUGGCACCUGGAGUGCCAAGGUCUUCUUCCCCCUUGAGGUCUUCGGCUUCCUUCUUCCCAUGGGCGUCAUAGGUUUCUGUUCCUCCAGGAGCAUCCGCAUCCUGGUCGGCCGUCGGGACCUCACCCAGGACUGGGUCCAGCACAAGGCCUGCAUCUGGACGAUCGCAGCCAGUCUGGCUGUCUUCGUGGUCUCCUUUCUUCCCGUCCAUCUGGGCUUCUUCUUGCAGUUCCUGGUGCGGAACGGCUUCAUCGUGGAAUGCAGCUCCAAGCAGAGCAUCAGCUUGUUCUUGCAGUUGUCCAUGUGUUUCUCCAACGUCAACUGCUGCCUCGAUGUCUUCUGCUACUACUUUGUCAUCAAAGAGUUCCGCAUGGACAUCAUGGCCCCCCGGCCUUCCAGGGCCCAGCUGGUCCUCCAGGAUACCAUGACCACCAGGGGCUAAGGAGAGAAAGACUGAUGCAGAGGAAGGAAACUCCAGCCCCAGAUUCUGGUAGCAGAUACCCUGUUGCAAGGUUUCUGAUGUGAUGGACGAAUGUGGCAUAUUACUGGUACGCUUUCCCUUUCGAUGCUCACUGAACACAGUGUUUGCUCAUUAUGCUCCAAAGACCUUUCCCCCGCACCCAGACAGCUCAACAUAAAUCACCCAGUAUUUGGGAAUCUUUGAAGGACCUGAGAACCAUGUGAAUUCUUUACUUCUGCGUGAGGCAGAAGAAUCGAAAAGACGGAGACCAUCUGAGCGAGGCUGUUUCCCAGCUCCCCCCAUCCUUCUGUUAGACUGGGAGAUUCUGGAAAGGAAGAGAGAGGUGUUAGGAGAGAGAACCAAGAGGGUUGGUCAAGGAGACUUGUAGUUCCCAGUCCCUUCUCAGGCUCUGGAGGCCAGUAACUUCACAGCUAGUGGGGGUGAUGAGCGCAGAACAAGGACAUACAGAGAGCCCCACAUUUCCUAUGGGGAAGAAAGACCCAGAAAGCCAGCCAAGCCUUCCUAUGCCCACAAGAAAGCGGCAGAAGGAUGAAGGAAGCUGAGGUGAACCGGGCCGUGGUGAAACUAUAGCUUGUGAUUGACAAGCCUAGGAGAGGGGACUUCCCUGAGCGUGACCGGCUUGCUAACUUGAACGGACUGGGAGGCUGUUCGUGAGGCUGUUUCACUGAGAACGAGGAGAAAAAGGCUUGACUGGGGUCCACCAGAGGAGAAUAAGGACCCUGUGCCUGUCUCGCCCACCCGAGUCCUGUCUGGGCGGCUGGCCGGGUGGCACUGUCCACAGGACUGUCCCUCUCCUGGGGUUGGGAGGGAGAAAACGAGCCAGCCGGGGAUCGGAGAAACCAUUUGAUGGCACGCAGCUCCUGGCGGUUCCUGGCUGGAGACUGUCAACCAUGGAAAUCACGAUCUGGCCCUGGCUUCUCGAAUGAUCUCGAAGAGGGUCUGCCAAGACCACAGCAAGCCUUCCGAUGACUCAGACUGCUCCAGAGAGCCGACCGAUUACAAGGAUGAACUGUGGGGUGGUUUGGCAGGACGGGGUGAGUGGGAUGAGAUGGAAGAGGUGAGCUUCGUGUGAAAAAGGGGGAGGUUUGGAGGAAGCAAAGAACCACUUUCUACCUGUAGGUAAAGAAGCUUCCACCGCUAAGUGGUGGACGGAAGGUAGGGUGGCAGGGUGGCGGGGAAGAGGGUGGUUUGGGUAAAAGCCUGACAGGAGGCGGAGGCGGAGAUCGGGCGAUAACCCCAGGCUUGCAGCUCCGGGGCUCUGUGAAGGAGGCGGGGGUGGAGGGACGGGGAGGAAGGAUGGAGUGCAGAGCUGCUUCCUGCUUGAGAAUCCCCGGCUCGAACGAGGGCCAUCCAAGGCUGGAGCCUCUCUACCUCCUGCUUUGGCCACAGCUGACUUGGUGGUCAGGGGCAGGAAAGGGCGAGGAAGCAAGUGUCAAUGCUGGGGUGGAAAUGGGUGCGGAGGUGUGAUCCCAGCCAGGAUCAGAGGCUCCCCUCCUGCAGGCAGGGCCUCCAGGGGGCAGCAGCCAGGGCGGGGGUCCUGCAGACCCAGCCGCCCCAAGGUGCCUACAGCGCCAUGGCCAUCCGGCCCAGAGGCUCUAAGGAAGCCAGGCUGUUACAUACAGCAGAUGCUGGUGCCAGACAGGGCUCAGAGGCCCUGGAUGUGUGCGAUCAGUCCUCUCCUCCAAUUUCUGUCUGUCUUUGCACUGGGAGCCCAUCACGAGGCGCUUACAUCUCCUCGUGUACUUUGGGCCAGACAGGCAUCCUAAGAAGAGGAGACAGCAAUGCCCUGACCACCUGUCAUGCCUGUGAUGUUCAUAAACAUAAAAUUUUGUCUCAUGGGUAGCCUGCCCCUGCCAGAGCUGGGUGACAGAGGAGGCGGGAGGGGAGGAGAGGUCUGUGAGUGGUGUAAGUCCUUGGAGGGGGACAGCAGUAUCAGGUCGGUGUGGUGACUGUGGGCUUGUUGGGGAGCCUUGGAGACCCCCUGACUGAUGCCAACACACUGGGGGAGAACACAGGCCUCUUCUCUCUCUCCUUGCAGACCACUCCUAGUCUGCAAGUCACAGAGGACUCAUCGGGGCCUGUGGGAGUGGGCUUGGACCCAGGACCUCCGGCCAGGCUGCUCUGCCGGGGGCUUCACACUCAGUCCACCGGGCAUGGAAGGGGCAGAGGUCAGGGCCGGGGUUAAGGCUGGGUGCUGAGGCAUCCAGGGGCCCUCUCCUGCCAGCAAGGGGCGGUCAGUGAGUUGGAGAACUCUGAGCUCAGCUGUGGAAAUGGCUGAAAUGCCUGUCAGUAAAGGAGGCUUGGGGAUAUUACUCAGCCGUCAGUGUGACCAUAGUUUUCCUCCCAGUCUGGAAAAACCCAAGAGAUACUUGUAAUAGGUACAUGCAUGAAAGUAGCACAAUUUAUUGGGAAAAUGAUCUGAUCAAUCGGAUUUACCAAAUAAACGGAUUUCUGUGGUGCUGUG